AUGGCUGUUACAAAUGAGGAAUUAAAAACAGCACACAAAAUUGUUAGAAGAGUUUCAAAUAUUGAAGCUUUUGAUAAAAGUGGAAUAGUUUUUAAGGGAUAUCAAAUAUGGACAAAUAAAUCCCCAACUAUCGACGAAGAUCCCAAUAUUAUGUUUGUUAAGUGUGUUGUGCAACAUGGCUCUAACCAAGAUAAGUUAAAUGUCGUUCAAAUUGACCCACCUGGAAAUGGAACGCCAUACGAAAUCGACAUAAAAAAUGCAUGGAAUUGUAACUCACAAGUUGACCCUAUGUCAUUUGGUGAUAUUGGUUUAUUAAACCAUACCAAUACACCCUGUGUUCUUGACUUUUUGAAGCAUAGAUAUUUAAAGAAUCAAAUAUACACCACCGCAUGUCCUUUAAUUGUUGCAAUAAACCCAUAUAAAGAUUUGGGAAACACAACUGAUGAAUGGAUUCGUAAGUACCGUGAUGCAGCUGACCACACUAGAUUACCACCCCAUAUUUUUGCUUGCGCACGAGAAGCUUUAGCAAAUUUACAUGGUGUUAACAAGAGCCAAACUAUUAUUGUUUCUGGUGAAUCUGGUGCAGGAAAAACCGAAGCAACAAAACAAAUUAUGAAAUAUUUUGCUUCAUCAAAAAAUGGAAAUAUGGAUUUAUAUAUUCAAACAGCAAUUAUGGCAGCUAACCCAGUUCUUGAAGCUUUUGGUAAUGCUAAGACAAUAAGAAAUAAUAACUCAUCUCGUUUUGGUCGUUUUAUGCAGUUGGCUAUAUCUCAUGAAGGAGGUAUACGAAACGGUUCAGUUGUUGCAUUUUUAUUAGAAAAAUCAAGAAUUAUAACUCAAGAUGAUAAUGAAAGAUCAUAUCACAUAUUUUAUCAGUUUUUAAAAGGUGCAGAUAAAGACAUGAAAGCUAAAUUUGGUUUGAAAGACAUUAAAGAUUAUAAAUUAUUGAAUCCAAAUUCACCUGAUGUUGAUGGUAUAGAUGAUGUAAAGGACUUUCAAGAAGUAGUAACCUCUUUAAAAAAUAUGCAAUUAACUGAUGACCAAAUUGAAGUAAUAUUCUCAAUUCUUGCUGGUAUUUUAACAUUAGGUAAUGUUAGAAUCGUAGAAAAGACUGAAGCUGGUUUAUCUGAUGCUGCAGGAAUUCAUAAUGAUGAUAUGGAAAUAUUUAGAAAAGCAUGUGAAUUAAUGUUUUUAGAUCCUGAAUUAGUAAAGAGAGAGUUAUUGAUUAAAGUUACUAUUGCUGGUGGAAAUAGAAUUGAAGGAAGAUGGAAUCAAAAGGAUGCAGAUGUAUUGAAAUUGUCUUUAUGUAAAGCAAUGUAUGAAAAAUUAUUUUUAUGGAUUAUAAAGAAUUUAAAUAGCCGAAUUGAGCCAAAAGACGGAUUUAAAUCAUUUAUGGGUAUGUUAGAUAUCUUCGGUUUUGAAGUUUUUAAAAAUAAUUCAUUAGAACAAUUAUUUAUUAACAUUACAAAUGAAAUGUUGCAGAAAAAUUUUGUUGAUAUUGUAUUUGAAAGAGAAUCUAAAUUAUAUAGAGAUGAGGGAAUAUCAACAGCUGAAUUAGUUUACACAUCUAACAAAGAAGUAAUUAGUGUAUUGUCUGAAAGAGGAAAAUCAGUUUUAUCAUAUUUAGAAGAUCAAUGUUUAGCACCAGGAGGAUCAGAUGAGAAGUUUGUAAAUGCAUGUGUUGUAAAUUUAAAGAACAAUGAAAAAUUUAUACCAGCAAAAGUUGCAUCAAACAAAAAUUUCAUAAUUCAACAUACUAUUGGUCCAAUUCAAUAUUGCUCUGAUAACUUUUUGCUUAAAAACAAAGAUGUGUUAAGAGGAGAAUUAGUUGAAAUCAUUUUAGGUUCUGAAAAUAAGAUAGUCAGUGGAUUAUUUGAAGGUCAAGUAAUUGAAAAGGGUAAAAUGGCUAAAGGUUCAUUAAUCGGUUCCCAAUUUUUAAAUCAAUUAACUUCUUUAAUGACAUUAAUUAAUAGCACUGAGCCACAUUUCAUUAGAUGUAUCAAACCAAAUGAAAACAAGAAACCAUUAGAAUGGUGUGAACCAAAAAUAUUGAUUCAAUUACACGCCUUAUCUAUUUUAGAAGCCCUUGUUUUAAGACAAUUAGGAUAUUCAUAUAGAAGAACAUUCGAUGAAUUCUUGUACCAAUAUAAAUUUGUAGACAUAAGUACUUCUGAAAAUUCUGCACUUGAUAGUAGAGAAAAAUGUAAUAAGAUAUUAAAGCUUUCGGGUCUUUCUGAUGAUAUGCUUAAAAUAGGAAAAACAAUGGUAUUUUUGAAACAAGAUGGUGCAAAAAUGUUGUCAAAGAUCCAAAGAGAAAAACUUAUAGAAUGGGAAAAUUGUGUAAGUGUAAUUGAAGCUGCAAUUAUGAAAUACAAGCAUAAACAAAAUGUUGAAAAUAACAUAUCUUCUCUUAUGAGAGUUCAAGCUCAUAUAAGAAAGAGAAUGGUUGCUUAA